CUGUGCUUGACCUUGGAGAUACUUCAGAUCGUCUCAGUAGGUUACCUGCACAUCCACACACAGACACAAUGAUACAUUGUGCCUGUAAUAUAUUAUUAAUGGUCAUGAAUCAUGUUACCAGCAGGCACGGACCAGAAAAAGUCUAUUUUAAAAGGCUUGAUCUAUCUCCGCCAGAUUACCUAUUAGUGUUAAAUGAAAAUAAAUACAAUUAAUUCGAAGCCAUUGAUGGAAAUGUGUUUCAGCCUCAUUAUAAUUUGGCAAUCUUGCAUAUUUCAGUGCAAAUGCGUUUCUACCCACAUUCACUUGCGACUGGGACGUGUAAGACAGGGAAAUCAAUGUUGUUUACAGCGCAUUUUUAUUAAUAAGCCUCACGACUAGCCUUAUUAGUGACUUUCUAUUCACAUCUACGAUUCAUCCAAUCAGAAAGAGGUCUUGCUUAACAUCGCGUGUCGAUUGGCUGUCAGCUUGGCGCCUUGUUCCCGCCCCCAACUGUCAGGCACUGCGCUGGUCAAACCGUUUGACGGCUGGUGCACUGAGCUCUUACACUUUUAACUUUGUAUUAAAUCAUUGGACAUACUCCAACCGUCCACAAUUUCAUUUCAUGUGCAUGGCGCGCGCCUAUGUACACUCGUCGAUUUUCUCCACUUUUCCUUUUCGCUAUGAAGCACAAUUAUGGCAAGGAGUAGCAAGUCAGCAACAACAGCGAGGACCCUGGAGGAUUUGACUCUAGACUCGGGUUAUGGUGGAGCCGCCGACUCCUUCAGGUCUUCCAGUGCGUCGCUGUGCUGCUCGGAGGUACAUGGGGGGAACUGCUGGCAACUAACGGACUCCAUGCACAGUCGAAACAACAGCCUGGACACUGUCAACACGGUCCUGGUCGAAGACGCCGAGAUCCUGGAGUGCACCGGCCAGUGCGCUAAACUACCCGAGCUUGAGGAUGUGCCGUGGAGCCUCGGGGAGGUGGCGAGAGCCCUGCAGAGGGACGAGGGAAUGAGCGUGCCGAGCCCACCGCAGGACGUCCUGCUCCGACUCUCGGCGCUGGCCAGCCGGGCCCUCGUUAGGGUCGCCAAGGAGGCGCAGCGCUUGAGUUUGCGCUACGCCAAAUGCACCAAAUACGAGAUCCAAAGUGCCAUAAAGAUGGUUCUGUCGUGGGUCGUCUCCACGAACUGCAUCGGCGCCGCCCUCAGCGCCUUGUCCUUGUACAACAUGAGCACGGAGGAGGACAAGUUCGGCCGCGGCAAGUCCGUGCGCUGCGGGCUAGUCUUUAACGUGGGGAAAUUCUUCAGGUGGAUGGUCGAUAGCAGGCUCGCGGUCAGGAUCCACGAACACGCUGCCAUAUAUCUGGCGGCGUGCAUGGAGAGCCUCUUCCGCGAGAUACACGAGCGAGUGCUCCGCAGUGCGCUGCUGGAGCGGGACAACAGUAUGCCCAAGUUGAGCGUGGAGAGCCUGGAGCAGGCCGUCGGGAGUGAUGCUGAGCUUUGGGGGUCAUUGCAGCACUGGCAACACCUCAUCUGUGGGAAGAAUGCGAGUGGUGUGCUCAGUCUACCUGAGGGUCUGACUCUGCAGCAGCAGCGAACAGGAAAGAAUGGCGAGGGAAACGCCUACAGCCAGUCUGAACUGCGCUCUGUUGAACAGUGCUUACUGGCCACACGAGUGGGCAGCAUCUCUGAACUCAGUGACAUGGUGUCACGAGCUAUGCACUACCUCCAGCCACUGUACACCAAGAACCACAACAACGGGACACCCAUCCAUCAGAAGAGCGCAGUGAUGCACUGGGCCCCCGAGGCCAUCUACACAUUGUGUUACUUCAUGCACUGCCCCCAGAUGGAGUGGGAGAACCCCAACAUGGAGCCAUCAAAAGUUUCCUUACAAACUGAGAGGCCGUUCAUGGUGCUACCGCCUCUGAUGGAGUGGGUGCGUGUGGCUGUUGUUCACACUGAGCACAGACGGAGCUUCUCUGUGGACAGCGAUGAUGUUCGGCAGGCUGCCAGGCUGCUGCUGCCUGGAGUGGACUGCGAGCCCCGCCAGCUCCGAACGGAUGACUGCUUCAGCGCCUCAAGGAAACUGGAUGCUGCCUCAACCGAGGCAAAGCUCCUGCAGAACUUGGGCUUCCAUAUGCUCAGCUGUGGACGCACAGACUUGGUGAAGCAGGCUGUCAACCUGCUGGGGCCGGAUGGUAUCAACAGCAUGAGUGAGCAGGGGAUGACCCCACUCAUGUAUGCUUGUGUCCGUGGAGACGAGGCCAUGGUGCAGAUGCUGCUGGAUGCUGGAGCUAAUAUUAACAGUGAGCUGCUUCUGGAUGCCAAAGCCAACGUGGAAGGCUCCCUGCAGGACGGGAUGGAGAACUACACUGAGACCCCGCUGCAGCUGGCUGCUGCUGCAGGCAACUUUGAGCUGGUGAGCCUGCUGUUGGAGCGGGGGGCCGACCCCAUGUUGGGAACCAUGUCCCGCAAUGGCAUCUCUACUGCGCCGCAGGGAGAUAUGAACUCCUACAGCCUGGCAGCAGCGCACGGACACAGAAAUGUCUUUCGGAAGCUGCUGUCACACACACAGAAAGGUAAAGGAGAUGUCUUAUCCCUAGAAGAGAUUCUGGCAGAAGGGUCAGCGCUGGAGGGAAGAAGUUCAUCUGAGACAGACCUAAUGCGAACAGGGAAGGCCAAACUGAAAGCCCUGAAAGAAGCCAUGUACCACAGUUCAGAACAUGGACAUGUAGACAUCACCAUAGACAUACGGAGCCUUGGGGUGCCAUGGACUUUGCACACAUGGCUGGAAUCUUUGCGCACAUGUUUCUCCCAGCACCGCCGGCCACUGAUCCAGGGCCUUCUCAAAGAAUUUAUCUGCAUCGAGGAAGAUGAGUACACUGAGGAGCUCAUCACACACGGCCUGCCGCUCAUGUUCCAGAUCCUCAGAGCCAGCAAGAAUGAAGUGAUCAGCCAACAGCUGUCAGCCAUCUUUACCCAGUGCUAUGGACCCUACCCCAUCCCCAAACUUGCAGAGAUAAAACGCAAGCAAUCAUCACGCCUCGAUCCUCACUUCCUGAACAAUAAAGAGAUGUCCGAUGUGACAUUUUUGGUGGAGGGGAAGCCGUUUUAUGCCCACAAAGUCCUGCUCUUCACAGCCUCCAAUAGGUUCAAAACUCUGCUUGCAAAUCGGCCUUGUGGUGAAAACACUUGCAUUGAAAUAAGCCAUGUGAAAUACCACAUUUUUCAGCUUGUGAUGCAGUAUCUCUACUGUGGAGGAGCAGAUGCUCUGCAUAUUAGGAACCCUGAUGUUAUGGAGCUUUUGUCUGCAUCGAAAUUCUUCCAGUUGGAAGCGCUGCAGAGGCAUUGUGAGAUUAUCUGCACGAAGAACAUAAACACAGAUACUUGCGUGGAGAUCUACAACCACACGAAGUUUCUAGAUGCACCAGACCUAGCAUCCUACAUCGAGGGCUACUUCCUAAAGAACAUGGUCAUGUUAAUAGAGCUGGAGCCAUUUAAACAGCUGCUGUAUGAUGCACCUCCAGAUAGUCCCAGCUACAACAUCCUUCAGAACUUGGAGAAAACGUUGGCUGUUCGCAUCCAGUCCAUUCACUUGUCCUCAUCCAAGGGGUCCAUCGUUUGAACUCCUAAACUUAUAAAAACCAUCGCAGGCUUGGAACACAAGUGAUAUCGCAAUAAAAAAAAUAUAUAUAUAUAUGUAUAUAUAUAUAUAAAUAUAUUUAUGCUCCAGCACCCCCCGCGACCCUUGUGAGAGUAAAGCGGAUUGGAAAAUGGAUGGAUGGAUAUAAAUAAAUGCCUGGGCUGCCAUGUUGCCAUGUUAUAGCCCGUUGUGGUGGAGGCUGUCUCUCCAUGACAGUCAUACAAUAGCUUUUCCCACUCAUCUCAUCACGAUGCAGUGUUUUGUUCCAUGAUGAGUUAUGGACACUGACAGGAAGGAUGUGGCGUCAUCUCUUGAAACAUUUACGAGGCUUUUUGUAAACAAAUAUACAGUACCACUGAUGAUCCUUCCCAUGCUGCAAGGGCACGUUGCUGGUGUCUUCUGUUGUGAUUACUUGCUCACUCGUCUGUGGUAAAGAAUACAUUUGUAUUGUCAGUCCUGAUGAUUACUCUUUAAGGCCAAAAAAACGGACCUGUAACAUAAAAUAGAGUGGCAUCCUUCAUGUUUUAUGUGGAAAUCAGAACUUGAAUUUCCUUUACUGUGUAAAUAUUGUUGAUAAAAGCAGAUUGAUCAGUAAUGUAAGUCACUGUAUAUAUCCAAUUUCUCAUGUGUCUCACUGUUGAAAAAUGCUGUGAAAGAAAAGCUAUCUAUCUAUGUUUAAAUGUUGCAUGUCAAAGGGAACGUGUUGGAGGACGAAGGUUGAUGCUUCAUCGAAGAGUGGAUGUUGAGUGAGAAUUGAUUUGUCAUCAGCACGGGUCACUAAAUGUCGAAAACUCUAACGCUGUUGUCAUUCUUGUUAAGAGGCUCAAGGUGUGUUUAGUCAUGAAACAGAGAUGCUGUUAGCCGUCAUCAAGAAUUGUGAAACUACAUGCCAUGUAUGUGUGUGUGUGACUUAUCUUUCCUUCAUAAAGAGUAUUGAUAAUGUGCAACAGUUUGCUGUCUUUAACUGGCUCAAAAGAAAAAGA